UGGCAUAAUGAUCUGGUCGAAUCGUGAUAAUUAUGUCGGUCAUUGGUUUGACAGCAAGAUGCAUGGAUCAGGUACAAUGCAGUAUGCCGAUCGCAGAAUAUAUACUGGUGGUUGGUUAAAUGGCAGGAAAUCGGGUCCGGGUAGCAUGAGUUGGCCUAAAGGCGAAAAAUGUGAUGCUGUUUGGAUUGACGAUAAAGCAGUUUGCGAUGCCAUUUGUUUUCCACAAUGUUCGAAUGGUGGAAAAUGCACUGGACCAAACUCUUGUACCUGUACAUCAUCAUGGACUGGACCUCGCUGUGAAACACAGUCAAAAUUCGAGAAAUGGAAGCAAAAUGCCAUCAUUGUAGCUGGUAGAAAUGGGGGAGGACAAGAAUUAAAUCAGCUCAAAUACCCUAUUGGAAUCUUCAUUGACGAAAAGAAAAAUAUUUUCAUUGCUGAUCGAGAUAAUCAUCGAAUUGUUGAAUGGAAAUACAAUGCAACAGAAGGACAAAUCAUUGCAGGUGGAAAUAAAGAAGGAGAUCGAAUGGAUCAAUUAAAUGAACCAACAGAUGUGAUUGUUAAUCAACAAAAUCAUUCGAUCAUCAUUGCUGAUCGUGGGAAUGGACGAGUGAUUCAAUGGAUGGAUCAAAAUCAACAAAUUCUGAUCGAGAAUAUUUACUGUAUGGGUUUGGCAAUGGAUAAACAUGGAUUUCUUUAUGUUUCUGAUUUUAUGAAGAAUGAAGUGAGACGAUGGACAAUGGGAGAAUACAACAACGAAGGAAUUGUAGUGGCAGGUGGAAAUGGAAAAGGUGAUCAACUUAAUCAACUAAAUCUUCCUACUUUUAUCUUUGUUGAUAAAGAUCAAUCUGUUUAUGUAUCAGACUUGUUCAAUCAUCGUGUGAUGAAAUGGAGAAAAGAUGCAAAAGAAGGAAUAAUUGUGGCUGGAGGAAAUGGAAGAGGAGGGAAUCUUAAUCAAUUGUCUUAUCCUGAAGGAGUAGUUGUUGAUGAUUUCGGUCAAAUCUAUGUGGCCGAUGGUGAGAAUCAUCGAGUAAUGCGUUGGUAUGAAGGAAAAGAUGAUGGUGAAAUUGUUGUUGGUGGAAAUGGCCAAGGAAAUCAAUCAGAUCAAUUGAAUAAUCCCAGUGGUUUAUCUUUUGAUAAUAAAGGAAAUCUUUAUGUUGUUGACCGGUUGAAUCAUCGAGUUGGAAAAUUUGAAAUUAUAUUGUGUAUGAAAUCUUGA